AUGGCCUCUUCUGGAUAUGCUGCGUCGGAUGCAGCCCUUUCCUCACUAAAUAAAGAACUAAGGCCGAAGUUAUCCAGCUCGGCCUUGAUCACGGCUUCGACCGACCCUGACUGGGAGGAAUAUGCUCGAUGGAGCGCAUACAACUCUCCCAUUCCUGGGGCGGUUGUGUCUCCUGCCUCUGAGCAGGAUGUAGCUGUCAUUGUUCAACACUGCAUCUCCAAUGGAGUGCCUUUCCUGGCCCAGUCCGGAGGACACGGAUGGUCCAGCACCCUGAACCUGGGCCCCGACGGGAUCAUCAUUAGCCUUAGAAAGCUAAACACUGUCACUUUCAACCACGAUGGGACAGAGGUCAUCAUUGAAGGCGGUGCUUUAACCUCCGAAGUUAUGGAGGCUGCUUCGCAAAAAGGGUCGCUCGUCAUUACAGGAAAUUGUAACUCUGUCGGCGCCCUUGGUGCUGCUCUGGGCGGCGGCUACGGCUUCUUGACUGGCCUGCGUCCCCAUCGGCGUGGCCAUAUCUUAUCCCUAACCGUUGUGUCUGGAACCGGUGCCCUCAAGACCGUCACUGCCGAGAGUGAUCCUGAUCUCUUCUGGGGCCUCCGCGGCGCUGCUCCCAACCUUGGUAUAGUCACUUCGGUCGUGAUGAAGGCGUAUCCGGUCGAGGCCUCGGGCCAGUACGCCUGGCUCGGGGCCCUUGUUUAUCCAGCAGACAAGGUCGAGCCCGUUCUCAGAGCAGUCAGCGAACUCACCUUGACGCCGAAGAUGACCGUAUUCUUCUACUUCCUUACAUCUGGGGCCCCGGACUACAGUCCACUGAUAGCUGUUGCACCCUGGUAUUACGGCACCGAAGCCGAAGGGCGCGUAGCUUUUGCUUCCGUGAUUGACAUUGGCCCCAUAGCUGAUACCACCCAAGUGCUGUAUUACCCCAGAUGGAAUGAAAAAGCUGCGGCCUUCUGCACCCGUGGCGGCUACAAACCUUCGUUUGGAGUUGGCCUUUCUUCCAUCGUGCUCGAAACCUGGAUAAAGGUCUGGGACGAGUUUGUGUCGUGGACUGCUUUGAGCGGCACUGGUAGCAGCGUGGUUUUGAUGGAGGCGUAUUGCCUUGACAUGGUCCGAUCUGUCCCUGAUCAUUCGUCCUCGUUCCCAUGGCGAAGCAACAUCACUAUCAACGCGAUUGUGAUUCCUUGGUUUACGGACAAGAAGCUGGCAGAGGAGGCUCUGUCGCUAGGCCGGCGUAUUCGACGUCUACUACAGUCCACUGAUGACCUUAAGUCCCCGGCUGUGUACGUUAACUUUGCCCAUGGCGAUGAGGAUCCGGCAGAGAUAUACGGCUCAAAUCUCCCUCGCCUACGGGAUAUCAAAGCCAGGGAAGAUCCAAACAACUUCUUCUGCCACUGGUUCGGGAUUGGCUCUACGCCUUGA